CUGCAGCUCUCCUGCGGCGACCAUGGCAGCUCGGACACCCGGGGCUGCCUUGCGGCUCUGCGCCACUGUUUUUUUACUUGAGAUGGCUUUCUGUAAAGGAUUCGUAGAAGAUUUAGAUGAAUCGUUUAAGGACAAUCGAAAAGAUGACAUUUGGCUUGUAGAUUUUUAUGCACCAUGGUGUGGUCAUUGUAAAAAACUGGAGCCGAUUUGGAAUGAAGUUGGUCUUGAAAUGAAAAGCAUUGGUUCGCCAGUUAAAGUUGGAAAGAUGGAUGCUACUUCCUAUUCUAAUUAAAAGGGGACUUGGCAUAUAAUUAUAGAGGACCACGAACUAAAGAUGAUAUUAUUGAGUUUGCUCACAGAGUAUCUGGAGCACUAAUUCGGCCACUUCCAAGUCAGCAAAUGUUUGAACAUGUGCAGAAAAGACAUCGUGUAUUUUUUGUUUAUGUAGGUGGAGAGUCAACUUUGAAGGAGAAAUACAUAGAUGCUGCUUCAGAAUUAAUUGUAUAUACAUACUUCUUUUCUGCUUCAGAAGAAGUGGUUCCAGAGUAUGUGACUCUGAAGGAGAUGCCCGCCGUGCUUGUUUUCAAAGAUGAAACUUACUUUGUUUACGAUGAGUAUGAAGAUGGUGACUUGUCAUCUUGGAUCAACAGGGAGAGGUUUCAGAAUUAUCUGACUAUGGACGGCUUCCUCUUGUAUGAACUUGGAGAUACAGGAAAGCUUGUGGCUAUUGCAAUUAUUGAUGAGAAAAAUACAUCAAUUGAACAUACCAGAUUGAAGUCAAUUAUUCAGGAAGUUGCUAGAGAUUACAGAGAUCAGUUCCACAGAGACUUUCAGUUUGGACAUAUGGAUGGGAAUGACUAUAUAAAUACCUUGCUGAUGGAUGAAUUGACUGUCCCAACUGUAGUUGUACUGAAUACUUCAAACCAACAGUACUUUUUACUAGAUAGAGAGAUCAAGAAUACUGAAGACAUGGUCCAUUUCAUUAAUAGCAUUUUGGAUGGCACAGUAGAAGCCCAAGGAGGUGAUAGCAUUUUGCAGAGAUUGAAAAGAAUGGUAUUUGAUGCUAAAUCUACUGUUGUGUCCAUAUUCAAGAGCUCUCCGAUCAUGGGCUGCUUCCUCUUCGGCCUGCCUCUGGGUGUCAUCAGCAUCAUGUGCUAUGGCAUCUACACAGCCGACACAGACGGAGGCUACAUAGAAGAGCGGUAUGAAGUGUCCAAAAGCGAAACUGAAAGCCAGGAAGCAACGGAGGAGAGCAGAGAACUGCAGGAGCCAAGGAGCGGACAGUCUCUAGUGCCUGCCAGGCAAGAGCCCAAGGAUGUAUUAGAGAAGAAGACAGAUUGAGACUCUGCUAUGAUGUCAAAUUAUUAAAGAGUCUAUUUAUUGAAUUUAGACAUUUAAUCAUGGUCUUUACAGAAGAGAACAAGUUAUUUGUAUUUUGCUAAUAUCAACUGCAUGGAUUACAGUAGUCCUUAAAAAUGGGGAGAUGUUGGGAACAAAGAGAGGAAAUAUGUAUCUAAAAAAAUAUUCCAUGGAAGUUUACCUUGUACAUGUUAAAACAGAUCAGUUCUUUGUGCAAGUUUCUCUGUCUGAAUAUUCGGUGACAGAAUUAAGAUUCCUGGGCUGAAUAUUUAAGUGGGUCAGUCGGGUAGGAGAUAGUGUUUGAUAGAGAAAAAUAGGAUUCCACCUCCUACCAUCAUUCUCUUAUAUUUUGAAUACAGUUUAUAUGGACAUAAUUAAGUCUUUAAAAUGUAGGAACUUUAAGGGGAACCAAUAACUUUUUCCAUGGAUCAUACUAAGAUUAUGAAAUUUUAAAAAUUUGGUUUUAUAUGGCAUAGCAAUUUUAUUUUGUUAUUUUUAAAGGAGAGAAAAUGUUACUUUUUAACUUUAUACUUAGUUGUGUUAUAAAAAUUCCACAUUGGCCUAAAUAGUGGCAAAAAAUAGUCUAUGUUUGAUCUUUGUAACAGAAACAGAUUUUCUUGGAGCAGUGAUUAUUAACCAUGCCUGCGAAGCUGUUAGCAGGCAUCUCAGCAGUCACUGUGGGAAAGGAAGGUGUCUGUAGCUCCUGCCCUGCAUUAGCCAGACAGCCUGCUUUAUUUCUCUGUUUCCUAUAUUGAGAUUUCUAAAAAUUUCCUUAGAUUAAAAGCACCUGCUGCUUUUUAAAAAGUAAUAUAUGUCAUAUUUUAUGUUUAUAGCAUUGUAACUUUUUGGUAACUUAUCUGUGUAUGUGUGUGUGUGUAUACAUGUGCGCACACACAUAUAUACAUAUCAUAUUUAUUGGCAUACAUGUUAUGUAAUACUAUGGGCAUGUCUAUGUUCAUAACGGGUAAUGAGUGACAUAAUCAGCCUGUCAACAAAAUCAUGCUCAGUGAUUUAAGAGGUCGACCAGUUAUCUUCUCCAUCCUCUCAAUUCUGUCAGCCCUCUCAGCCUGUCGUCUUCUCUCUAUAAUAAGAUGUAGGAAAUCUCUAUCUGACGGAAUGCAUAAAAAUUGGUGUUUUUAAGUAAUAGUUUGAUAUGUUUAUUGUAGAUUAGUUUAUCUUUGAGGUCUUGAUUGUAGCUAAGUUUAGAAUUUUUAUUAGAUGGCUUUUUUUCCUUGAGUAAUUGGGUUAUCCAAUAUAAAGAUUUUUAUCAAAUGUUUUAAAAUGUUCAUUCACUGUAAAACUGUAAUUUGUGGUCCUGACACUGGAGUUGUUCAGGGUUUUGAUCCCCAAGGGCAGUCUUUGGUGAUUUCUAAUGCCCCACUGAUCACAACUAAACUGAAGCUGUGUCUUAAGUACUGAGGAGUUACUAGUAAUUGUUUUAUUAUACCCAUGUACUUUAUUAGUAUGUAAUAAUUACUAAUUCUUAAUGUUUGGCACCCUGUUAGUAUUUUAUAGUAAGGAAUCACAUACGCAGUCCCAAGGAAUUUCAGGAAAUAUUAGAAUGAAGUGUUCUUAAAUGGAAUUUAGAGAUAAAUGCUAUUAAUUUGACCAGUAGAUUCCUCUCCAAAGAGUAAUGAGGGAUUCUUUUGGAAGAUAAAUAUUAAUGUUCCUAGGGGUCAGGCUUGUUUUGCAACAGUAAAAAGCCAACAUAAAUACAGAUGCCUCACUUGAAUCUCAGCCUGGUAAGGAAGUUAGCUAUUGCCCGUGAAGCAGGAAAUGAUAGAACAUGUUACUGCUUUUUGCUUCGUGUUUAUCACUAUCAGAUGUCCAUCAUUUGCACGUUUUUUGUCUUUUCAAAUGAAAGACAAAAGUAUCAAAUGAAAGACCUCAAGAGGAAAAAAAAUUUAAAGAAAGAGUAAAGCUCAGUAUGUAUCAACAAACAAAAGUCCAGCGAUUUUUGUCUUCAGUCUCUGUUAUCUUUUUCACAACUCUAUACUGUUGUCCCGUCUUCUGUUUGUGUUUCAAAGUGUGUCUAUUGGGAAAACAAAAUAUGUAGAUGGUUUGUAAGUGAAUAAUUUGACUUUUUUUGUACUAGUAUUUUGCUUUUUACAUGUCUCUAGGAUAUUGUCAACUCUUUGCAAAACAAAUUUAAAUUUUGCUCACUGGUAUGCUUUUCCCUUCAAUGUGAUGUUAGAGCUUAUUAGAAAUGCUUUUUUUUUUUUUUCAUUUCCAGAAAAGAAAAAAAAACAAAACACUUCAGAAUAAAGGUAGAUUUCUUAAGGAAUCUUGUAGAACAGAUCCUAAAUCUGUGAUGAAUCUUCCUAUGAUUACAUAGAAAGAAAGAGUGGGAAUUGCCUUCAGUCUGUGGGCCUUGUUACAGUAGUAAAGUUCAUUUCUAACUUCCAAAAUGCAAAGUUCUAGAUUGUUUGCUGUUGCUGAAUCUGGUGUCCAGACAGUUGUCAAAGAUAAUUCAGAGAGAGUGCGUGUUUUUAAUCAAGCCAUGCAUCCCAUGUGUUUGCAAUUCUUUUAGUUUGUUUUACUGUGUACUUUAAUAUUUCUCUAAUAUUGCUGCUUCUGAAACUUCUUUGACAUGGAUUAGAUCUAGAAUUUUCAUUUUCUUCUUCACACAUGCUUCCUGGUAUCUGAUUUAGUAGUAACAUUAGGAGCCAAAUGCCUAGAGGUUGAAGAAGGAGUCUGUAUGAGUAAACAAUUAGCUGUAUUGUUUUUGUUUAGUGGAUUUUUGUUGUUUCUUGUGAUUUGUUUCAGGGGUUUUAUUUUAUUGUGUUUUUUUUGUAGGUUUUCUUUUGCUUUUAUUUUGCAAAAAUAAUUUCAAUAUUUUCAUCAAUUCAAUCUGAUACGAAGGUAUGACAGGGAAAAAUCCCUGGGCUGUUCUUAUGCAGAAAUUGCCCAGUUACACCAAUGUGGGAUGUUAAGACAGUCAAUAAGUGGGGUUAGGUUUGCCAUUUUAUUUUUAUAAAUAUCUAUUUUUCCUGAAUGUGUCUGAGUCCAAGAGUGGGCCAACAGUUUUCUACUUUGGACUAAUCUAUAAAGGUCUUUUGAGAGUCUGUAUUACUAGUUGAACCCUAAUAUCCUGCCUUAGGACGCCAAUUGUAAACCUUUGUUUUUCUAAAAUAAACUGAAAACAUG